ACCACUUUCUCCUUGCCUUCCUGUACUAACUUCUUCUCCAGGAAUCGUCUCCAGGAUGCAGACGUCUUGUGGCUGCGAAAUCCCUUCUCGAAUUUCUCUCCGGAAGCAGACGUGGAGCUGGCUUGUGACUUUUUCAAUGGCAACGAAACGGACAUUCGCAACCAGGACAACACGGGGCACGCCAAGUUCUACUACCACAUCCACGACCAGGAAGUCUUCGACAGGAUCAAGCUCCACGCAGAGUUCCGGGCCAUAGGAGCCAAGAUCCGGUUCACGCCAACGGAGGUUUUCAGUGGGUUUUGCGAGCCAGCCAGCGACAUGGAAAGAGUUUGCACCAUUCACGCCAACUGCUGCCAGGGUCUCCGCUCCAAGCUUGCGGAUUUGCAGCUCGUCCAAGAGGACUGGAACCAUUUCAUGCGGACCAGGAACAGAGCAAAUCGGCCCAAGAGGUUUCGAGCUCCGAGGGCAUGCCUCAAGGGAUGCUUCUCGGCCUUUACAUCGAAACCAUGCUACAGGUCUUGCUACAACAGAAGUUUGAAUGUCGACCGAGUUUUGAUCCUGUGGAAGGCUGGGGAUGAAACGAACAGCAACUGGAUGCCCCGAGCACAUCCUGCAUCCAGCAGAGAAUGGGAUCAUCUCCCAAAAGGCUCCACGGUGCUCAUCAACAUCUGGCAAUCGGAUGAGAUCCAAAACACUGGCUUAACCCAGAAGACUGUCGUCCUGAACGCUUUCCAAAGAACCGUGUAG